AUGAGCCUGGCUGCCAUGUUUCACCCCCAUCCUCUGCGGCAGUCGCACACCCUCGAGGUUGUGCCUCCCGACAAUAACAUCUCCCGCCAACUCUCCACCACCUCAUCCUCUGCAUCGUCUGGCUACUCCUACGCCUCGGACCAGACCCAAAAUACGCAACAUUCGACCCUCUCGAGCGCCUAUUGGCCUCAUAAGCCAACUACCACCAUACACACACAUAAACGCGGUCAAAGCGAUGUUAUUGCCCGAGCCAGGCUCUUCGAAUCUGGCGAAAUGAGCCCUUCAACUAGGGAUGCAGCGUCGGCUCGCCAGUCACUUCGCCAACUGCCCCAAGCUCCGGCCGCCUCCCUUCACAGGCCACCACCAGCAUCGCCAGAGCAAAAGCUACGCCAUCUCCGCGGCCAGAGUGUCGACAUGUCUAAACUGUCAAUUUCACAGACUGAUGGCCUAGCUUCACCGGCAUCACCCCCUCGCAUGUCGUCGAUGCGCCCAAAUUCCAUGCUACUGACUCGCUCAGACUCUGUUCUCCGGGGACCUGGAGCUGCGGUUCCCAGCAGCAGCGCUCACAUCGGCGCUCCAGAGCUCGAGCAACUUGGCCGUUCAUCCACCACGCAGCUACGCAAUCUCUCCAAACUUGCACAGUCAAACACUGCUGAUGAAUUUGCCAUUACAUCGCCCACGCAGGAAGUCGUUGGCCUCCGCGGUCGGCGCAAGCUUCAGCGUGCGGAGCAGCCAGCUGGUGGCAAAGCAACCAAGUCCAUCGCGUACGGGUGGGGAGGCCGCAACUGGAUGGAUAAGCAACGUCAGUUUCUGCAAGCCUACGAGUAUCUCUGCCAUAUAGGAGAAGCACGCGAGUGGAUAGGGGAUAUUACCAACAAGUCUUUGCCGCCCAUUGUCUCACUCGAAGAGGCACUUCGUGACGGUGUUACGCUUGCCGAAGUUGUCGAAGCCCUCAACCCCGACCGGCACUUCCGCAUAUUCCGCCAUCCAAAGCUUCAAUUCCGACACUCCGACAAUAUUGCCAUCUUCUUUCGCUACCUAGACGAGGUCGAGAUGCCCGAUCUUUUCCGAUUCGAACUCAUUGAUCUAUACGAGAAGAAGAAUAUCCCCAAAGUUAUAUACUGUAUCCACGCUCUCAGCUGGCUGCUGUUUCGAAAAGGCAUAGUGGACUUCCGCAUCGGAAACUUGAUCGGCCAGCUUGAGUUUGAGCAUCAUGAACUAGAAGCAGUGCAGAAAGGACUGGAUAAGUUGGGUGCUAGUAUGCCGAGCUUUGGGAACAUGGGUGCAGAUUUUGGCGUCCCCGAACCCGAGCCACAAGAAACCGAAGAAGAGAAAGUCGACCGCGAAUUGGCCGAGCAAAGCACCCAAUUGACAGACUUGCAAGCCCAAAUACGCGGUGCUCUUGCGAGGUUACGUCUUGGAGAUACCAUGUCAGAUCUCUGGGAGGGUGAACGCGCACUAAUCAACCUGCAAGCACGUAUUCGGGGCGACUUUACGAGACAAAUUAUGGGAUAUAGGCUCCAGAUGCGUCGCUCUUCGAUCAUGGUACAAAGUGCUGCACGAGGAUUCCUCAUCCGACGACACAUGAAGAAUGAUGAACGCCGCUGGAGGGCCAUCGAACCCGAUGUUAUGGCUCUCCAAAGCAUAAUGCGGGCUAACAAGGCCCGGAAUGAGGUACGAGAUCUGACCUCUGUUAUGUCGCAAUCCGAAGGAGCUGUUCGAGAGAUUCAAGCGAUGUCCAGAGGCUUCUUAAUUCGCAAAGACCUUAUUGUGCAGAAGCGCGAGACCAAACAAGCCUCUGGAGAUGUCCUCAACCUCCAGGCGCUUGCACGCGGAGCACUCCUCAGAGACCAAAUGGACGCCCAACGAGAUCUCUUGGCAGGCUUUAACGGAGCAACAACGCGACUACAGGCGGCCGCUAGGGCUGUGCUGACCAGGAAUCAGAUUUCUCGCGAGCGGAAAGCAAUGGACGCCUUUAUAUAUCCCCUGACCCUGCUUCAAAGCUUGGUCAGCGGAAAAGCAGCGAGAGCCAAUCACCUUAGCACAAAGAUGGAAGUCAAGCGCCACUCACUCGACAUUGGUAUGUUUCAAGCCGCCAUCCGCGCAGCAGCCGUUCGAUGUGAGAUUGCAAGUCAGCUGGAUAGUCUCCACCUCAACGAGCCGGGUACCGUCGAACUACAAUCCCGUAUUCGAGGCAUGUUUGAGAGACGAAGUGUCUUUGCUCUUCAAAAUAAGCUAGACAGCGAAACCUCGAGAGUUACGAGUUUACAGGGUCGCAUUCGUGCAUUCAACUACCGUCGGCAGCAUCGAGCACUUAUGCAGGAGCUGGUCUCUCACGAUGCAAAGACGGCUGCUUUCCAGGCAAUGCUCAAAGCAAUGAUGGAGCGCGCUCGUGUUGACGACCUUUUAACGGAACUGUUCGAAGAGGAGGAAACCAUUGUUGAGCUCCAAUCCGCCGCCAGAGCAUUUCUCGUCCGCGCGCGCUUCGAAGAAAAGAAGCGUUUCUUUGAUGAAAACAUGCAAAAGGUCAUCAAGAUCCAGAGUUUUGUCCGUGCCAAGGUGCAGGGCGAAGCGUACAAGAGCCUGACCACCGGAAAGAAUCCCCCUGUCAACGCCGUCAAGAACUUUGUCCAUUUGCUUAAUGACAGUGACUUUGAUUUCAACGAAGAGGUGGAAUUUGAACGCAUGCGCAAGACUGUGGUGCAGCAGGUCCGACAAAACGAAAUGUUGGAGCAGUACAUCGACCAGCUCGAUAUCAAGAUUGCCCUCUUGGUGAAGAAUAAGAUCACACUGGACGAGGUUGUUUCACACCAGCACAACUAUGGUGGUGGACCAUCCAUGGGAAUGCUGGCUAACUCUUCCAUUUCUUCAACCAACCAAUUCGACCUCAAAGCCCUAAACAAGGGCUCCCGCAAGAAGCUUGAAUCGUAUCAGCAGCUGUUCUUUUGCCUUCAAACUCAACCCCAAUACCUCGCUCGCCUCUUCAAGCGUCUGCGCGAGCAAGGCACGCCUGAUGGCGAAAGCAAGCGGAUCGAACUUUUAGUCAUGGCUAUGUUUGGUUAUGCACAGAAGCGUCGUGAAGAAUAUUAUCUGCUCAAACUUAUUGCUCGGUCUAUCCGCGAGGAGAUUGAAGGCAGCCGCAACCUUCAGGAAUACCAACGGGGCACAUUUUUCUGGUCGAAGCUUUUGGCCAACUACACACGAUCCCCACGAGACCGCAAAUUUUUGCGAGGUGUCCUCGGCCCGCUGGUGCGCGACAACAUUGUCGAGGAUCCUGCCUUGGACUUGGAAAGCGAUCCUAUGCAGAUUUAUCGGGCUGCCAUCAAUAAUGAAGAGUUGCGCACAGGCCGCCCAGAUGGCAGGCCGCUGGACGUCCCGCGUGAGGUUGCGAUUCGCGACCCUGAGACGCGUCGACUCUUCAUCGACCACCUGCGCGACCUGCGAGAAAUCUGCGAUCAAUUCUUCCUUGCGAUGCAGGACCACGUCUUCAAGACGCCAUAUGGCCUUCGAUUUCUCUGCCGGCAGAUGUUUGACUCGCUGCGCCAGCAUUUUAACCGUGACUCGCCUGACAUUCUUCUCCAACUUGUGACGAAUUGGUACUGGAAGUUUUAUCUCCAGCCGGCUAUCGUUUCUCCUGAAAAUGUGGGUGUUAUUGAGAAGACGCUGAGCCCCCUGCAGAAGCGUAACCUCGGUGAAGUAGCAAAGGUCAUUGGCCAAAUUGCUUCAGGCCGACCAUUUGGUGGCGAGAACGUCUACUUACAGCCCUUGAAUGCCUUUGUGGCCGAAUCUGUCGAGCGCCUGCGUCGCAUCGUGAGCGAACUCAUCAACGUACCCGACGCCGAGAGCACCUUCGAUAUUGACGAAUUCAACGACCUCUACGCCAAGAACAAACCAACUCUGUACAUCAAAAUGGCUGAUGUAUUUGCCAUUCACAACCUCAUUGUGUCCCAACUUCCCUUUAUAUGCCCUACAAGAGACGAUGUGCUACGCGAGAUCAUCCAGGAUCUAGGUAGCGCCAAGACGAAUGAGAGCGAGAUGAGCGCUGCCGGAUCGUCGGACAUCCAGAUGUUCUUGACACCCAAACUCCACGACGUGGAAGACCCAGAUGCCGAAGUCAAGGCACUGUUUAUGGAGACGAAGCGCUGUGUGCUAUAUAUUAUUCGUGUGCAGACUGGUGCUAAUCUUCUGGAGAUUCUCGUGAAGCCCAUUACGGACGAGGAUGAUGCCAAGUGGGCGGCGCUCCUUCAAGAGGACUUUGCCCCGAGUGGCAGCCAUGGUGCAUACUCGGACUCGAACAUGGUUGAUGUGACGCGUAUGUCAUACUACGAAUUGAAGCGGACAGCCCUUGAAAACGUGAUGCGCCUGGAGCAGAUGGGUAGAAUCUCCAAGCACAACAACUACCAAGAUAUUCUCAAUGCCAUUGCCAGCGACAUCCGUUCGAAGAGCAAACGGCGAGGUCAAAGGCAACGUGAGCUUGAGGGUGUCAACUUGACACUGGGCAACCUUCAUGAAAAAGCCAAUUACCUGGAACAGCAAAGAAAGAGCUACGAUGACUACAUUGAACAGGCCAUGAUGACGCUACAAAACAAAAAAGGCAAAAAACGGUUCCUGAUGCCAUUUACCAAGCAAUACAACCACCAGCGGGAGCUGGAGCGCAGCGGUAAGGUGCCCAAGUUUGGCAGCUUCAUGUACAGCGCGCGCUCGCUCUCGGACAAGGGCGUGCUCGUCUUGUGGAAGGGCAUGUCGGACUGGGAAAAGAUCAAUGUGACGAUCUCGUGCGAUCAGGUCGGCGUGUUUGUGAUUGAGGGCACGCGCGGUCACGUCCAGAUGCCUGGCGCCAGCGCCGUGGUCAACAUUGAAGAUUUACUGCAGGCGCAGUUUGAGGCCCAUCAGUUUGUGCACCUCUUUGAGGGCAACCUCAAGCUCAACGUCAACUUUUUGCUGCACCUGGUGUACAAGAAGUUUUACCGCACUCAGUAA